AUGAAGGCCGCGGGCUCCGCGGACCCCAUCCCGCCCAUGUGCCGGCCGCACGGGCAGGCAAAGUGCAACCUGGGUAAGGCAGCGUCCACAGCAGCGAGCAGCAGUGAGGCCGCAGAGGUCGGAUCGGCCGGUCAUCGCCACGUGGAGAGCUCAGUCUUGCAGGGGCAUCCAGAUCGCGCAGGAUGUGGUGCCACUGCUGCGCCGCCCACCCGUCUUCCGCUGCGACGCGAGCGCCGCCGGCUCCGCCCCCGGGGGCGCGAGCGUGUUCGGCGCGGCGCGCUGCUGGAGCUGCCUGGCUCCUGCGUAGGCGCAGGUCCACUCGCACACCGCGCGCUCGUGCGCGCAGGGCCUGAGGGUUCUGCCUUCGUCCUCUCCCCCUCUUGA